AUGAAAAAUAAAAGACAAGCACAACAUAUUUCUGAUGAAUCUGGACUUACUUACUUUGAGGUAUUCUAAAAGGCCAUUUCAAAAUUCGAAGUUGAUAACUAAAAAUAAAAUCACAAGCAAGAUAGUGAUCGAAUAACAAUAUAUGAGGAUUUGAAAUUGAUCUUAGAAUUAUCUAAAAUCAGUUAAAUUGAACCACAGCAUUUUGAAAAAAUAUCAGUACUGCUUAAAAGAUCUAAAACAGUCUUAAUGAAGAGAUAUCGAGAGUACUUAAAGAAUAUAAAUCAAGAUGACUUACAAACAAUAUUUUCGUUUCUGUAACAAAACGGGGCUUAUGGAUAUCUCAUUUUUAAUUUGGAAAACGGAUCGUACAGAUUAUAAGACAUUGAGCCAAUAAAAUAAUAGGAUUCUCCAAAUAAGACCCCAAUUCAAACACCAAUAAAAAAAAUAUAUCAGUAAACUGCACAAGCAUCUGCAAUCGAUCAUGCACAAUAAUAACAAAAGAUAGAGCCAGAAUCCUUAAAAAAAAUAAAACCAAAUAAUUUUUUUUAAUUGUCUGCAAAUUCAAAAUAUGACGUUUCUCAUAAAAAAACCAACCCUUUUAAGUAAGAAUAAGUUGUCUUAGAUGCAGAGUAGAAACAUGAAUAAGAGGAACUUAAAUUUACAUUGAAAAUACUAUCUGAAAGUUUAAAGAUAUCAUAUUAAGAAUUAUGUCAAAGGAUGUAUCAGUGUUCUGGAGAUUUGAAUACACUCUUGGAUGUAUACUUAAAUCGUUAAGAAAAUUUGCUUUGGACAAAGGAAGCAGAUGAAGCCUUAAAUGCUUACUUUAUCGAGGAAAACUAAUUUGAAAAACAAAAAUUAAGAGCAAUCCUACAUGGAGAAGAGUAGAUAUAAAAGAGAAAGGAAUGGUUAUAUGGAAAAUGA